AUGGUGCACAGUGGUGCGCUGCUGCCCGUGGCACUGGCUGCGCUGAGCGGCUGCCGCGCGCUUGACGUCCAGAAGUUUGGCACUGAGCGGAUCGAAAAGUUUGCCGCCCUGCGCGCCGAGUCCGAGAGCCUUCGGGCCGAGAUCGGCGCCGAGCGGGCGCUGACUCGCGCCCGAGCGGACAUGGUGGGCACGCUCGACAUGUUCCAGGAACCAGCGGAGGAGGAGGUGGCCACGAGCGCGAGGAGUCGGACGCCCGAGGCGUCCCCUGCGCGGACUCUCCCGGGCAUCGCCGCCGAAGGCACUACCAGCCCUUCGUUCUCAUUGGCAGAGAUGAAGAAGAUCCUCGAGGACAAGAUCGCGACGAUCGCCGCAAGGGAGGCGGAGCGCGAGGCGAAGGCGGAGGGGGCACCAGAGGCGGAUUCGAUUGAGGAGAUUGUGGCGCUGGCCAGGCAGGCCGGUCAGGCGAGGUUGGAGGAGGCCAAGCGCAUUGCGAGGGAGUCGGCUGAUCGGUGGGAGAUGACGCAUCCGAGGCAGGGCAAUAGGCGAGGCGGGAAGGAUGCGAAGGCCAAGGAUGCGAUUGUUGAGGGCGAGGCGACGGAGCCGGGUGAGGGUUUGGCGCUGAUGGCGCUGUAG